AUGUCGUCCAAGAAGCCCACCGGAAAGGCCCAGCGCUCCGCCAUUGCGGACGUUGUUGCCCGCGAGUACACCAUCCACAUGCACAAGAGACUACAUGGUGUCACCUUCAAGAAGCGUGCUCCCCGCGCUAUUAAGGAGAUCAAGGACUUUGCCGUCAAGGCCAUGGGUACCACCGAUGUCCGCGUGGACCCCGCCCUGAACAAGAAGGUCUGGGAGAACGGUGUCAAGGGCGUCGCCUACAGACUGCGCGUCCGCAUUUCCCGACGACGCAACGACGAGGAGGGCGCCAAGGAGAAGCUGUACAGCUACGUCCAGGCCGUCAACGUCAAGAACCCCAAGGGUCUCCACACCGUCGUGGUUGAGGAGUAA